UUCAGCUGCAGUCAGUCGGUGUGCACGCGGCGCUCAGAGGGAGUACCCAGAGAAAAGGAGCUGGACUGAAGCAGACAAAAGGUUCCGGUGCAGGACCGAGGCAGGACGGCUCCUGCUUCCUGUCGUGGAGAUAUCUGGAGGGAGAGACGCUGCAGCUGUGCAUGUCCCAUCCGGAGGGCUUCAAACCCGGAGCGGAGGGUCGCACCGACUAUCACUGAGCCCCGACAGCCGCCAGGCAGCAGCCCGCCGCCGGCAUGACCCUCACACGGAGCUCCGUCCUCCUCCGCGCCGCCUUCAGCCUGCAGCUCCUGCUGCUCUCCGCCCGCAUGCAGGUCUCUUCAGCUUCAGGACACUUUGAGCUUCAGAUCUUGUCGAUGCAGAACGUUAACGGGCAGCUGCAGACUGGCGCCUGCUGUGACGGACCCCGGGAUGCGACGGAUCGGCGAUGCACGGCUGACGAAUGCGACACCUACUUCCGGGUGUGUCUGAAGGAGUACCAGCUGAAGGUUUCCUCGGCUGGGCCCUGCAGCUUCGGCAUCGCCACCACGCCUGUGCUCGGUGGGAAUACCUUUUCUUUACGCAAUGCCAAGAGUGACAAAGACAGGAUUGUGUUGCCGUUCAGCUUCGCGUGGCCGCGGUCGUACACGUUGAUCGUGGAAGCCUUGGACUUCAACAACGACUCAUCCUCCGGCAGUGUCGGCGGGGCGGUGAUUGAGAGGGCCGUCCACUCGGGGAUGAUCAACCCGAGCCGUCAGUGGCAGAGCCUGAAGCACAACGGCCCUGUGGCUCAGUUCCACUUCCAGGUCCGCCUCAGCUGCGACGAGCACUACUACGGCUUCGGGUGCAACAAGUUCUGCCGCCCGCGGGACGAGUUCUUCGGCCACUACGAGUGCGACCACAACGGCAACAAGACGUGCCUGGAGGGCUGGUCCGGUCCAGACUGCAACACUGCGAUCUGCAGGCAGGGCUGCAGCACCGAACACGGAGUCUGUAAACUUCCUGGAGAGUGCAAGUGUCUGUAUGGCUGGCAGGGCGAGUACUGUGAUCAGUGUAUCCCUCAUCCCGGCUGUGUUCACGGCAGCUGUGUGGAGCCCUGGCAGUGUCUCUGUGACACCAACUACGGAGGACAGCUGUGUGACAAAGAUCUGAACACGUGUGGGACACUGCAGCCGUGUUUGAACGGAGGAACCUGCAGCAACACGGGACCAGACAAAUACCACUGCUCCUGUCCCGACGGCUUCUCUGGGGUCAACUGUCAGAGAGCGGACCACGCCUGUCUGUCCAGCCCCUGUCUGAAUGGAGGAAGCUGUGUUGAGACCAGUCAGGGUUUCGAGUGUCGCUGCUCCCCCGGCUGGACCGGACCCUCCUGCUCCCUCAAUGUGGACGAGUGUCUGGUGAACCCCUGCAGUCACGGAGGAACCUGUCAGGACAUGGUUAACGGCUUCAGGUGUACCUGUCCUCCUCAGUGGACGGGGAAGACCUGCCUCAUCGAUGCCAACGAGUGUGACGACAGCCCCUGCGUCAACGCCAACUCCUGCCGAAACCUGAUUGGUGGAUACUUCUGCGAGUGCGUCCCUGGUUGGACGGGUCAGAACUGUGACACCAAUAUCAACGACUGUCGAGGUCAGUGUCAGAACGGGGCGACAUGCAAGGACCUGGUGAACGGUUAUCAGUGUGUGUGCGCUCCAGGUUUUGGCGGUGAACACUGUGAGACGGACGUGGACGAGUGCACCAGCGGGCCGUGCCUCAACGGUGGCCGCUGCCACGAUGAAGUGAACGGCUUCCACUGCCUGUGUCCACCUGGUUUCUCUGGAAGUCGCUGUCAGCUGGAUAUCGAUUACUGCCUCCACAGUCCGUGUCUGAACGGCGGCCGAUGCUUCAACCUGGCGUCUGACUACGUCUGUAAAUGUCCCGAAGACUUCGAGGGCAAGAACUGCUCUCACCUGAAGGACCACUGCCGCACCACGCCCUGCAAAGUGAUUGACAGCUGCACAGUGGCGGUGGCGUCCAAUAGCACGCCGGGCGGGGUGCGUUUGAUUUCAUCCAACGUCUGCGGCCCUCACGGGCGAUGUCGCAGUCAGGCCGGUGGGCAGUUCAGCUGCGAGUGUGAGGAGGGAUUCACCGGGACAUACUGCCACGAGAAUAUAAACGACUGUGAGAGCGCCCCCUGUCUGAAUGGAGGAACCUGCAUUGAUAAAGUCAGUCAGUAUCAGUGUAUCUGUGCCGACGGCUGGGACGGACCCACCUGCCAGAACAACGUCGAUGACUGCAGCUCUGCUCCCUGUCAGAACCGCGGCGUCUGUCGAGAUCUGGUCAACGAUUUCUACUGCGAGUGUAACAAUGGCUGGAAGGGAAAGACCUGCCACUCCAGAGAGAGUCAGUGCGACGAGGCGACCUGUAACAACGGAGGAACCUGCUACGACGAGGGCGACACCUUCAAGUGUCUGUGUGCCGCUGGCUGGGAUGGCGUCACCUGUAACAUUGCGAAGAACAGCAGCUGUCUGCCGAGUCCCUGUGAGAACGGAGGAACCUGUGUGGUGGACGGAGACUCUUUCAGCUGUGUCUGUAAGGAGGGCUGGGAGGGCGCCACCUGCAGCCACAAUGCCAACGACUGCAGUCCUCAUCCCUGUUACAACAGCGGGACCUGUGUGGAUGGAGACAACUGGUAUCGAUGUGAAUGUGCUCCGGGGUUCGCUGGCCCAGACUGCAGGAUCAACAUCAACGAGUGCCAGUCGUCUCCCUGCUCAUUCGGCUCCACCUGCGUGGAUGAAAUCAACGGCUACCGCUGCGUCUGUCCACCAGGAAGAACUGGCCCCCGCUGCCAGGAAGCAUCGGGGAGGCCCUGUGUGGUCGGAGGGCUGGUGGCUCUGGAUGGAAGCAGAUGGGACGAAGACUGCAACACCUGCCGCUGUCACAACGGGAGGAUCACCUGCACGAAGCUGUGGUGUGGACCUAAACCCUGCAGCCUCCACAGUAAGCCUCAUGGCGCCGACUGUCCGGCCGGUCAGACCUGCUUUGCGGUGCGAGACGAACGCUGCUUCGUGAAGCCCUGCUCCAGCCAGGGGGAGUGCUGGAGCCCCACCCACCGGGUCCCGCCCACAGCCAGGUGUCACUCAGAGAGCAGCUGCGCCAACGUCACCUUCACCUUCAACAAGGACAUCAUGGCAACGGGUGUGACGGUGGAGCAGGUUUGUCGUGAGCUCAGGAGCCUCUACGUCGUCAAGAAUCUGUCCUCCGACUCCUCCGUCUCCAUGACCUGCGAGCCUUCACUCAGCGCCAACAACGAGAUCCACGUAGCCAUCUCGACAGACGACCAGAGGAGAGGUCUGACCUUUGUCAAGGAUAUCACAGACAGGAUCAUGGAUCUGGUCAGCAAGAGGAGCGCCAACAGCACCAUCAUCAGCGCCAUCGCAGAGGUUCGGAUCCAGAGACGACAGAGCCACAACCCCAACGCAGACCAUCUCGUGCCCCUGCUGGUUUCUGUGGUCAUCGUUGUCUGGGUGUUGGCGAUCGCCUCGAUGUUGCUGUGGUGCGUGAGGAGGCGGAGGAAGCAAAGUGCCCACACUGGGGUCAGGACGCAGUCGGCGGCAUCUUUGGCACCAGCAACCGAGGACAACAACGCCCUCCACAACAGCGUCAGCGCCGCCCGGGAGCAGCUCAACCACAUCAAGAACCCCAUUGAGAAAAACCCCCCCAACCACCACCACCAACACCACCACCUUCUCCAUCACCACCUCUGUGAGGACAAGAACACCGUAAACGCCAAGAUCCGGAAGUCGGACACUGGAAGCCAAUCAGAUGAGGACGAGAUGGACAAGAGGCUACAGAAGGCGAGGUUCCCCCGGGCACCGCCGGCGUACUCGCUGGUAGACUGGGAGGAACGACCCCCCCACUGUACAACAGGCAAACCCCCACACUGGACUAGCAAACAGGACAACAGGCAGCUGCAGACACAGAGUGUUAACAGGAUAGAAUAUAUUGUAUAACCAGCGGGGUUCAGAAUGAACACAUGGUCCUCAGAGAUCAGACCCCCCCCCUCCCCCCCCCCCCCUCCAGUGGUGGAAGACUUCUGGUUCUUUUUUAUAUUCGUCUUUUGUUCAGGACUGAACGUCGAGAUGGAUUUUGCUGUUUAAUUUAUGACGCUGGUCUGAACGGUCCACUGCGGUUGGCUGGAUCUCCCAUUAUGUGGACGCCUUCGUAAAGGACAGAAUCUGGGUGUGCAGGAGCCUUGCUAAGAGACGUACAUGCACGACUGGUAUCUUUGAGUCAGUGCUUUGUUGCAACACAGCACUUGACCAGUUUGGAAAAAUAUUUAUUUUGUUUUUGGGGGGAAAAUUUGAGUCCAUAUGAAGAACCGUCCAUGUAGAAUGUUUCUGUAUAGAUGUGUAAAUAAUGUUUUAAUUAAUCAUUGUGCAAAUUUGAUUUAUUAACUUAAUCGUCAAGAGCCUUAAGAUAUUCCUUUUCUUUAAUUUAUGAAUUUUGUUUGGAGUUUGACAGCUUUGUAAACUCAAGACUUCUUAAUGAUUUUUUUUAUAUAUAUUUUAACGCUAAAAGUGUUCUUGAAAGAAUAGUUUUUUAGCCUUUUGGAUUCGGGCAUUUUUGUGCCUCAACUAAAUGUUUUGUACUUUGUCCGCCUGAUGCCGUUUUGUUGGUAUGUUUGCCAGGAUGUUCUGUUGUUAGUACUCUACAUGUAAAUGGAGAGGGUGGGGGGGUGAAGGCUGGGUGGUUACAGACAGAUGUUGCUGCUGAGGGUCUUUUUUAUACACACCAGUCACCAGAGGAAAUGGUUGGCAUUGUACAUUUCCGCUAACAGCAGAUACAUUACAUUUGUACAAUAUUAUGUAAUGUAUAAAACCUGUUUCAACAUUGCUGUGGUGAACGUGUUCAGGUUUAGACACAAAAAACACUUGAGCACCUCCCUAGUGUUUUUUUCCCAGGAAGCGCACCAGGUUUUGAAGACAUAUUUUUUGUAGUGGACAAACAGUGAAACUACACAGUCACGUGAUGCCCUGCAGCCCAAAAAGACUUUUUCCCAUUGACUUACAUGGCAAAAAACCCCAUCUGUAAAUAAGUGGAUGAAUUUUAACCCCCACAGAAUGAUUUGUGUCAUUAUCAGGAUUUGAUCCAUAACAUAUUCUAAAGUCUAAAAAAGAGACAGUAUUAAAUAAUGUUAUCCCUAUUUAAGUAAGCGCUACGCUAGGCUAGCAAGCUAAGCUAGUAGUAGCUAGCAAGCGAGUGCGCUAGCUAGUGGAAAAGUUGUCUACUUCCACUUUAAACUGGCAAUUUUGAAUCCAAAGCCGAGGUUAUUUUUACAAUGACGACCUAAAAAAUAUUUACUGUCAGACUGCUGCAUCAUCACAACCAGCUGAAUUAAUAAUGAAGUAGCUUUAUAAAGUUAAUGUCUGCAAAGUAAUGAAAACCCCAGAGAACGAAUUGGAUUUACUUUGUUACCCCCCCCCCCCCUUAUAAUACUGUGAAGUGAUUGGCUGAAUUUAAAAACUGACUGACAGCUUGUUCUGUCAGCGUAUUGGUGAAAUCAGCUUUUGAUUGAUGGGGAUUGUAAGCCUCUGAUUGGCCAAAUUAAAAAUGAUAAACAGUUACUACGCCCCGUCAAAGUAUCCAACCUGCACAGACACAUACCCGUAAAACUUCAAUUAAACGCCCAGUCCCUGUUACUAGCCUGGUGUGGCUACACAUUUUGACCAGUAAAGGCCUGUCUCAAUCAGAGGCCUGGUCUGGUUGCCAAGCAGUUAAUUUUUAUGGAUGUAUAAAAUCAGGAUGUUAGUUGCCUACUUGAGCUAAUGUCAGUUAGCUGUUUAGAUCACAUACAAAUAUUAAUGUUUAAACUUUUGUCAAUAUGGAGAUGCUACCUACGGUGAGCUCGGUUGAUUUCAUUUUACUGAAAGAAGACCGUAAUGCGUUCAGAUUUACCAGCAUGACGAAUAAACAAGUGGUGACUACUGGGUAAGUUAUUUAUAUUCCUUCAGUCUGUAAGGGUCCACUGAUCAACAGAAUCAAAAGCGUUUUUCCUAAAAAUUAAUUGUAAAAAUAAUAAUUGUUUUAGCAGGAAAAGGUGUUGUGUCGGUGUGCCGGAUGCCGUUAAACAAGUGCCGUAACAUAACACAUAACUGAUACGUUAGAAGCCUAAUUUUUACACACCUAAUAUUCGGACUGGUUCAGAUAAACUAUUUAAUUGUAUUUCCCAAACUCGCUGGGCAACAGUUUUAUAUGAAAGGACACAAAAGGCCUGUCCCAAAUAUAGGCCUGCUGAGUUCAGUGACGUAAGCAAAUAAUAGCCGGGGCUACUCAUAAAAGUUUUACGCUACUUGUGGGGAGAGACUGGAGGGUGGCCACCAUGUCUCACAGUAACGUCACCUUGACACCAGGACAGCAUUACCAGCAAUAAUAGUGAAUGAAUGGCGCUGCUAGCUAACUUAGUGCAGUGUAGAACAGGCAAGGCUAACAUUAGCUAACCAGCAGGGCUAUGUUUCUAUGUGUUAACACAACCAGCUGCCUGUCUGUCAGCACAUCCAACAGAAAAUAAAAUGAAAGGCAAAACAUUUAAAUUUCGCCACCUCUAAAUGAGUAGCGAUUUGAAAUGCAGUGCUAAAGCUCUCAGAGUCAGUGGAGCGCCAGAGCAAAAGGAGAGGCCUCUAGUAUUUCACCUCAUUUGUGUUUUUAAUAUAUAAAACAUUAACCUGUUAGUUACCGGUUAAUGGGUGUCGGACUACCAGAAGCAAAAUUAAUCAAAAUCUCUAGUUCAUAUUCUGCGUCACUUUAGAAACGCUGACAUCAAACGUACAAAUGUAACGUGCCAUACGUGGUUUGCAGAAAGGUACAAUGCCAACGUUUUCCUCUGGGCUGUUUUAUACAAACCAACAUGGUGGCAGACAUAUUGCUUUUGCUACUGAAAAGAAAUUCUUUAAGGGACGCGACUUGUUUUGUAAUUAUUUGUACAUACAGUGUGAAGAAAAAAAGGGUUGAGCUGUAGAUCCUGUUUCCAUGUUUGUAACAUCUGAAUGAUCAAACCUGAGUAAUCAGAAGGAGUCCUGUGGAGUUUAAUGCUAACGUUUACAUUCAGCGAGGUCUGACAAAGGUCUAAAACUCCACAGGGAACCUUUACUUGAUGAGAGAGUUCAACAUUGUAGAACUGUCAUGUGACGUGUUUCCUGUUGUUGAUUGGAGGAUAAAAUGAGGCUGUGAAACCAUGUUUGACUUCAGUCAUCUGCCCCGUUAGUUUAUGAUGGAGGAAAAAAUAAAACAUGUUUUUCUC